AUGGACUAUCAGCGACUAGUCGUCAAAAAGCAUCCGCAGACCGGAACGCGAUCCAAUCCAGAGACUAAAUAUUGGAGAUCAUUCAAGAAUCCAGUUUUUAUCAAGAACCAGGCGCCCGUGACCGCCAUCCAGUUUUCCCCUGCCAAACCACAUCGCUAUGUCGUGACUUCGGGAGCCAGAGUUCAGAUAUACAAUCCAAAGACCCAAAAGGUCUUCAAAGUCAUUUCUCGGUUCAAAGACAACGCGCGCUCGGGCCAAAUUCGCGCAGACGGCAAGCUCAUUGUCGCUGGAGAGGAUACUGGCUCUGUUCAGGUCUUUGAUACCGCGAGCAGAGCCAUUUUACGAACAUUUGACAAACACAAACAGCCAACCCAUGUGACAAAGUUUUCACCAAACCAUUCACACAUAUUGUCGUGUUCCGAUGACACUACUGUCCGCUUAUGGGAUAUCCCGACGCAAGCAGAGGCCUAUACAUUUACCUCCCACACAGACUACGUGCGGUCUGGUGUUGUAAGCACCUCAAAUCCUUCCCUUAUAUUAACCGGGUCAUAUGAUACUACCGUACGCAUGUUCGACACUCGCACAGGUGACUGUGUGAUGACAAUGAGAGGUGGAGGGGGUGGUGCGGCAGCAUUGCCCGUCGAACAAGUGCUGCUCUUCCCUUCCGGCACUGCGGCAAUAUCGUCUUCGGGGCCAAUCCUGCGAGUUUGGGAUCUUAUUUCCGGCGGGAGAUGUAUUCGCGCGUUGUCGAAUCAUCAAAAGACUAUCACAUCAUUAGCGUUCGAUGGGGGUGCAAACCGUGUCCUCAGUGCUGGACUGGAUCAAAUGGUCAAGGUCUAUGACGUGUCCGACUACAAAGUAGUGCAUACUAUGCGGUAUCCGGCACCCCUACUCUCCGUUGCAAUCUCGCCAGAUAAUACGCAUAUUGCAGCGGGAAUGUCGGAUGGGACACUCUCAAUCAGGAGACGAGAUCCAAAAGCAUCCGAGAGGCAAAACGAGGACGAUGAGCGAGAGGCACUCAAACAAGGGGCCUACGAAUUCUUUGCAACAGGAAUGUUGGGAAACAUUGGCGAACGGAUAAUCAAUCCUCCGAGGCAAGCAAAGAAUAAGCCAGCCGGCGUCCCUGGGGAGAUCAAGAUUGCCACUCAGAGAAAGCGCAAGCUGAAAGAAUACGACCGUUACCUGAAAUCUUUCAAAUAUGGUGCUGCGCUAGACUCGGUGCUGCGAAAGGAUGUACCACCUACUGUCACCUUUUCGUUAAUCCAAGAGUUGAUCCAUCGGGACGGUGUGAGGAUGGCUCUAUCAGGACGAGACGACGUUGCACUGGAACCAAUAAUUCGUCUUCUGCUUAAACAUCUCACCGAUCCACGGUUUGGUGAGACGGUCUGUGAUAUCGCCACUGUCGUGAUAGACAUGUACUCUUCAGUUCUCGGGCAAUCACCGCUCAUUGAUAUCCUCUUCGUACGACUGCAGAAGAAACUGGCAGCGGAGCUCAGAUUCCAAAAGGAGAUUGUCAAGCUAAAAGGCGCGCUCGACAUGAUCCUCGCUACUUCGGCUCUUAAUCUCGUCGAUUGA